AUGUCGUGGACUUCACCCGGCUCCGCUCUUCUCCCACUCGUUCCUUUGUUGGCUAUUUUUGGAAACGCUCUUGUUGUAUUGGCCGUUUAUCGAGAAAGAUCACUACACACUGUCACGAAUCUCUUGAUCGUCUCGUUGGCAGUAUCAGACUUUUUGGUUGCGAUGUGCGUGAUGUCGUUUGGCGUGUACGUGGAGCUAAACCAAUUCCAUUGGGGUCUUGGUCAGGUGGUGUGCAAUGUAUACUUGGCGGCUGAUGUCAUCUGUUCCACUGCAUCGAUUUUAAAUCUCUUGGCGAUUUCGCUAGAUCGAUACAUUGCGAUAUCGCAUCCGAUCUCUUAUGCUCAAUACGGGAGUCGGAAUGGGCGAGCGAUUGUAACGAUUUCGAUCGUUUGGGGCGUUUCGAUUAGUGUCGGGUUUCCGAUUUUGCUCGGAGUGAAUGCGAUGGUUGAUGGGGCUUGCGAGCUUGGCAAUCCGUACUUCAAUAUGAUCUCAUCAGUGUUCUCCUUUUUCAUCCCAUGUCUAGCAAUGAUUGUUCUCUAUACAAUCAUCUUCCGACGGCUGAGGCAAAGAGAGCGCGCGAGGACGUUAAGACAAGCUUCAAAGGCCGACUCAGAUCACAUUUCGAACGCUCUUUUGAGUCAAUCGGCUCGUUUCGCUCGCCAAAUGGGCACCCACUUCAAGCAGAAAGCUGAUCAAAUUUUGCUAGAGAUCAGUUUUCAGACUUCUUCAUAUCCAACGAAUUCCGAUUCAAGUGACGAAGGGUCGAUGACGAGUCCAUCGAGUCCCGAAGACUUGGAGGUGCCUUUACCCACUCCUGAAUCUCAUGUGUCAAUAAAAUUGCCAGUUGAAGAAAAAACGAGUCUCAUUCGCUGCACGGACACAACAAUCGGUUUGAGGAAAUUAUCGGCUCCUGAGCUGAAAUCUUCUAUAAAAAAUUCUCCAUCUCUGACUUUCAAGCAGUCACCAACUAAAGAAGAGCUGCAACGACUUCAGGAAAGUCUUCAAGAAAUGCACACUCGGUAUGAAUCGAGUGCCGCUUUAACAUUAAGAUCAUUUGGUGAAGAAAUCGGUGAACUUUUCCCAUUCAUAGAUAGCGGGAAUCACAGCAGGAAAACCUCGUCAAGUCACGAUGAGGCAUUGCAAGUGAACAAGAAGAGGAUAAGGAGAUCGAGACGGGAUACAAGUACGGGUAUUUCUCGAGCCAACGGUGGAUCGAUGAGAGAACAUCGAACGCCGACUUUCACCAAAAAUGGUGACAUUACUAAAGUUCCUACGGUGAACACAGCCACUUCAACAACCCAAGAUGCCAUUGAUGCAAAUGGAAUCCACAAAAAUCAUUUACAUCCAAAGAUCCAUAUCCCGAUGGAGAGACUCAAUCUGAGCAAUGGAACGAGUGGGAACUCAUUGUCCGAGUGCGCCAUCACGACAAAGAGAGCCUCGACCGAGAUGACUUUUGGGGAGAAUAUGCGAAGCUACAAGAAUGAGCUAUGGAAGAGAGUGACAGCUGGUUGGAAAGCUCGCCCCUCCCGUCACCUCGUCAAAAAGGCCACCAAACAGAUGAAGAGAGAGCAAAAAGCGACAGUGACUCUAGCUGUUGUGCUUGCUGUUUUCCUUUUCUGUUGGCUUCCGUUUUUCACGUUGCACUUAGUGAAUUCCCUGUGUGCGAUCAACUCGUCAAAAGGAGAGGGCUGCAUUCCGAAUAUGGCCAUGUUUUUCACCACUUGGCUUGGAUAUGUCAACUCCUCACUGAACCCUCUCAUCUACACGGUUUUCGAUCAACGUUUCCGAAACGCUUUCCGCAAUAUUCUUCUCUGCGGUGGUAAUAAGAAA